CACUACUCCACCUCUAUAUAUACAUAUAUAUUCUUUAUUUAUUUAUUUUUCUAUAAAAAUUAUUCAAUUAAUUUUGUUUUCAAGAUGAUUGAAACAAACAACACAGCAAAAUCAAGCUCUGAUCAAAAGAGGCUCAAGCUAUUCGGCAUCGAGCUAAAUCCUUCCGACGGCGAUGAUCGGAUCAUCAGUAACAACUCGUCGUCGUCGGCUUCCUCCACGGCGACGGAGAAAAGCUCAACCAGCGGGGACCAGACCAAGAAGCUCGAGUGCCAGUACUGUUCGAAGGUGUUUGGAAACUCGCAGGCAUUGGGAGGUCACCAGAAUGCUCACAAGAAAGAAAGGAUGAAGAAGAAGAGGCUGCAGCUUCAAGCCAGGAAAUCCAGCUUCAACCAUUACAUUCGUCCAUUAAUUCACAGAAACAGCUGGAGCAAUUCUUUCCAUAAUUACAGUCCUGAGUUUAAUCAUCAGUCAUGGUAUUAUUCUCCGCCGGAAUUUCUUCUCAACGAGGAGGCAGAGGCAGAGACGGAGGCGGAUAUCGAUUUCGGAAGCUAUGGCCGGAUUCUCGACAUCAACGGUCCGGAUGGCUCGAGAUGGCGUGGGGAAUUACCGGAUCGUGCCACGUGUCAGCAGGACACCGGGAGGUUUAGCCUGACGUGUUUGGAUGGUCCGAGAGAGGUGUUAACUCCCAUCAGCUAUGAGGCCUCGUCGUCUUCGCGCAAUCCAAACAAGUCUGCCGAUAGAGAUAGCUUAAAUCUCCAAUUAGGGUUAGGGUUACAGCUUUAACUUAUAUUCCUUGAUUUGAAAUUUGUUAAAUAUCUCAAAUGUAUGAUGAUGAUACACUUACUCAUAAAAUAAAAUUAAUUAAAUUAAUAUGUAUGUGUACGUGUUACUCAUUCUACAUACAAUUCCCAAUUUGUUCCAGGAGUGUCACUC